UUGAGUCUUGCCUGAGCGCGGGUGGUGCACACAAGCUCCUUGGCUGCCAGCGCGCGACGUUACCAUGAGCGUCCCCGCUUCACCGGCAGAGAGUCCACGCGCAAAGAGUGCCCACCUGACGAGAGCAGCGCGACCCUCACAAACGCACGAUGCCAGGGGGAAAGAGAGGGCUGGUGGCACCGCAAAAUACUUUCCUGGAGAAUAUCGUCCGACGAUCCAGUGAGACAAGUUUCUUGCUUGGAAACGCUCAGAUUGUGGACUGGCCCGUAGUUUACAGUAAUGACGGCUUCUGCAAGCUGUCUGGAUACCACAGAGCAGAGGUCAUGCAGAAAAGCAGCACAUGCAGUUUUAUGUAUGGGGAGCUGACAGAUAAGAAGAUGAUAGAAAAGGUGAGACAGACCUUUGACAACUAUGAAUCGAACUGCUUUGAAGUGCUGCUGUACAGAAAGAACAGAACUCCAGUGUGGUUCUACAUGCAGGUUGCACCGAUCCGAAAUGAAAAUGACAAAGUGGUUUUGUUCCUGUGUACAUUUAAGGAUAUCACCGUCUUCAAGCAGCCAAUCGAAGACGAGAGCACCAGGGGUUGGACCAAGUUUGCCCGUUUGACUCGAGCUUUGACAAACAGCAAAAGCACCGUUCAGCAACUCACACCCAUGAGCAAAACCGAUGUCAGCUCGCACAAACACUCCAGACUUGCAGAGGUACUUCAGCUUGGCUCUGAUAUCCUUCCUCCGUAUAAACAGGAAGCCCCUAAGACUCCCCCUCAUAUCAUCUUACACUACUGCACCUUUAAGACUACCUGGGACUGGGUCAUUUUAAUUCUGACUUUUUACACCGCCAUCAUGGUUCCUUACAAUGUCUCCUUCAAGACCAAACAGAAUAACGUCACCUGGCUUGUUCUGGACAGCGUUGUUGAUGUCAUCUUCCUUGUGGACAUUGUGCUCAACUUCCACACCACGUUUGUCGGGCCGGGAGGGGAGGUGAUCUCGGACCCAAAGCUUAUCAGGAUGAACUACCUGAAAACCUGGUUUGUCAUAGACCUGCUGUCCUGUCUGCCCUAUGACAUCAUCAAUGCCUUCGAAAACGUGGAUGAGGGCAUCAGCAGCUUGUUCAGUUCUCUGAAGGUAGUUCGACUACUACGCUUGGGUCGUGUCGCACGCAAACUGGACCACUAUCUGGAGUAUGGCGCUGCUGUGCUUGUAUUACUGGUCUGUGUGUUUGGACUAGUGGCCCACUGGCUUGCCUGUAUAUGGUACAGCAUUGGAGAUUAUGAGGUCAUCGAUGAACAAACCAACACCAUUAAGACCGACAGCUGGCUCUACCAGUUAGCCACCAGCAUCGGAUCUCCAUACCGAUACAAUACCAGCGGGACUGGCCAAUGGGAGGGCGGGCCUGGGAAAUAUUCUCUGUACAUAACAUCGCUGUAUUUCACCAUGACAAGCUUGACCACCAUCGGCUUUGGAAACAUCGCACCGACUACAGACGGAGAGAAGAUCUUCUCUGUGGCCAUGAUGAUGGUGGGAUCGCUUCUAUAUGCCACCAUCUUUGGUAAUGUGACGACCAUUUUCCAGCAGAUGUAUGCCAACACCAACCGUUACCAUGAGAUGCUGAAUAAUGUUCGAGAUUUUCUCAAGCUCUACCAGGUGCCCAAAGGUCUCAGUGAGAGAGUAAUGGACUACAUCGUCUCCACCUGGUCCAUGUCUAAAGGCAUCGACACAGAGAAGGUACUCUCCAUCUGUCCAAAGGACAUGCGGGCAGACAUCUGUGUGCAUCUGAACAGAAAUGUGUUCAACGAGCACCCUGCAUUUCGAUUGGCCAGUGACGGGUGUCUCCGCUCAUUGGCCGUGGAGUUUCAAACGAUACACUCGGCUCCUGGGGACCUGAUCUUUCAUGCGGGGGAAAGUGUAGACCUGCUCUGCUUUGUGGUCUCAGGGUCACUGGAGGUCAUACAGGACGAUGAGGUCAUUGCUAUACUGGGUAAAGGGGACGUGUUUGGUGACGUGUUUUGGAAGGAGACGACUCUGGCCCACGCGUGCGCUAACGUUCGAGCAUUAACGUACUGCGACCUUCACAUUAUAAAGCGAGAAGCCCUGCUGAAGGUGCUGGAAUUCUACACAGCGUUCGCAAACUCGUUCUCUCGAAACCUCAUUCUUACCUGCAAUCUGCGUAAAAGGUUUAUAUUCCGUAAAAUCAGCGACGUGAAGAAGGAAGAAGAGGAGAGGCAGCGUUCCAAGAAUGAGGUUCCACUCACCCUUCCUGUGGACCACCCGGUCCGAAAACUUUUCCAGAAGUUUAAGCAGCAGAAAGAGCUGCGUAACCAAGGGGCUUCAACCCAGAUCGAGCUGGAGAAGAACCGACACCUGCAUGCGCACGCUACCCUGCAGUCAACACGCACACCGAUUCAGAAACCUCACGGCUCUCUCAUGCAGAACUCGCUGCAUGCGGUUCAAAACGGAUCUACGAGCAGUGUGGUCACCAUUUCCCAGAUCACACCCAUCCAGAACUGUCUGGCCUACCCUAAACCUAGUGACUCCAUAAAGCAGAACAAUCGUGACAUCAUGGAACUCAAACCUGCUGGUGAUCAGGUCGCGAACAGGCUGAAAGUGAAUAACACGACACGGGCCAAACCCGCAGGAACCGCCCGUGGCUGGAUGAGACUAAAAAACAACAUGGGUGCACCGGGUUCACCGCCGGAGGAGGAGAGGAGAGAGGGACUCAACAAUGCAUCCAAAGCCGUGUCCAUGGAACACCUUUCCCCGGAGGUCAAAGUUCAGAUAGAAAAUGUUGGAGAGGUCGGAGGAUCCCGAAAAAGUUCACUUCGCAAAACAGACUCUUGGGAUAGCGGCCUGACCUACAGCGACCAAAGGCUGGAUCGAGUUUCGGAACCGCAGAGCCCCAUACCAGGAAUUGGUGGAGAGGAAGGACCGGCUUGUGAUUUUUUUCCCAGUAGCGAAAUCUCCUUCCAGGCUUCUCUGCAGGAGGCAAGGCUGGAGCUACGGGCCGAAAUCCAGGCACUAAAUGGGAGGAUGGCCACUUUGGAGGACAGGGUUGGUCAAAUUCUUAGACUGCUUUUGGAACAGUCAAAUACCCCAUCCAUCCAAGAUCCCACCACACAUAGAUCCAAACUCAAAGCACAGGACAGCAUCCCAGUGUCCACGCUUUGUUCACCUGACUCUGAAAAGGAUGUGGGUUCACCGUAGGACAUUUUGUAUUUUUAAGCACUCAAGAUUAAGCAUUUGUAGCAUUACUAAAAGGUUUCCGGAGCGUCCGAAUUAGGAAACGCCUUCAACCUUAUAGUUAAACCUGUAUAAGAGAGCUUGGAUGGGGCUAAAGAGCUUCUGAGAUUGGAGGCUAAGGAUUACAGCCGAACAUCUGUAUAGGGUGAUUUCUGGGCAUCUGCUGCUACAUAUGAAAGCAGUUUUAAACCUUUUGCACACUGAACUCAGGCAGGAACUAUGGAGAUUUCACAACAAUAAUUGAAGCAUUUUUUCUUCAACUCGUGGUUUUGCAUGUCCAGCUGGGUUCUGGCUUGCCAAAAAUGUGAGGCAAUGUAAAAAUUUACUUAAUAUUUAAAUGCUUGUAAUGUAUAUUAUGCAGUUAACUGCAUGCUGAUCUAUUUAUUCUCACAGAAUGCUAUUUUUUCUAAAGUGUACAUUAAUGGGAUUGUUCAUUGUCUUUUUGUUCACAGCUUUUUGAAAAACAUUCUGUAGCAUGAUAAGCCACUGAGAGAGAAUGUGUUUUGUCUGAUACUU